UUCCUCAGCUAUACGUUUUUUGCCAUUCAAUCAAUCUUAUCUCAUCGCAUUUAUACGACUUAUGAUACCCUACAAAUGAUUUUACCAUCGUUGAAACUCUAAACAGUCCUGGUUCCUCCAACUUCGUCAUCAUUCCGGCUGCCUGUUGAGCUUCGGGGAUAAGCGGUCUUUGGCUUCGUUUCUGACCGCUGCAAAACGCCCACCUGGCCUUCCAUUGCUGACGGAUUUAUGACCUCUGCGCCCCUUUCCUAUAAAUAUUCUUCUUGUCUCCUUUAUGCGAGUGACAGGGAUACGUUCUCUGUCGCUCUGGACUACAUCGCGACAAGCUGUCCGCCGUGCGACUUCCUUCACUUUCUUCCCAGGUCUGCCGACCCUGGACGUCAUUUGAACCGCCCCGUCUCCUUUCUUCGCCACUUCCCGCAAUUCACCUACGCUACACAUCCUCAAUGACUUCGGAAUCGCUGAGUUCGUCUAAGGACGACCUUCAUGAUAGAGCCCACCAAGGUCCGUAUGUCUCUCAGCAAGAGAGCACGCCAUAUGCCGCCCGAGGGGCUAACGCAGCUGCAGUGCGCUCCUCGUGGUUUCCACUAGGCUACAGAGAAGGCUUCAAUCAAUGGUGGGCUAGCUUGCCAGCUGCGGCAGCAGAGCAUAAAGUCCUUUCUUUCUUGCCCUAUCUCCAGCAUGAACCUCCUACGCAUUUGCAGACCGGAAAGACCACCACUCAACGCGAUGGUGUGGCUCAAAGUCUGCAGUCGGCCGAUCUCAGCCAGCAAGGUGAAGUAUCGGCCAAUUCCACCGACGAUCCGUACGGACCGAGACUAUGGCGCUCCAGCAUGGUUGAAUUGAGCGGUAAGGACAGGGCUCUAAAUGAGUUCUCAGUGGAGAGAGUUGGUGAGGAAGCGGACCAACAUUUGGUCAUGCUUCACGGAUAUGGUGCGGGGCUGGGCUUCUUCUACAAGAAUUUUGAGCCUCUAAGCCGGCUGAAGGGGUGGCAACUGCACGCGUUGGAUAUGUUGGGCAUGGGCCGCAGCACCCGACCACCGUUCCGCAUCAAGGCUAAGAACAGAGAGGAUGCUAUCAAGGAGGCGGAGGAUUGGUUUGUUGAUGCACUGGAGGAAUGGCGCGUGAAGCGCAAGAUCGAACGCUUCACACUGCUUGGCCACAGCAUGGGAGGAUAUAUGGGUGUCGCUUAUGCCCUGAAGUACCCCGGUCGUUUGAACAAGCUGAUCCUUGCCUCUCCGGUGGGGAUUCCCGAAGAUCCUUAUGCUGUUUCUGCGGCUAUGCCCGAACCAUCCGAGUCCAGUUUAGCCCAAGAGUUCACCCAGGACCAGCAAACUAUCGCACAGACAUCGUUGUCUGUCCCCCCGGAAGUAGCCCAGAAAGGCGACAACAACGUCCUGCUCAAAGGCUACGGUAACGCAGCGACAGCGGCACCACCGGAGAGCCGACCGGCCCGCCGCAACAUCCCCAAGUGGUUUGCCUACCUGUGGGAAGCCAACAUCUCUCCCUUCAGUCUGGUACGGUGGGCUGGCCCUCUCGGGCCCCGCAUCGUAUCUGGCUGGACCUCUCGGCGCUUCUCCCAUUUACCCGCCAACGAAGCAAAAGCUCUACACGACUACUCCUAUUCGAUCUUCAGUCAACGUGGCAGUGGAGAGUAUGCUCUUGCAUAUAUCCUAGCUCCAGGAGCCUUCGCGCGUAGCCCUCUGAUUCGGCGCAUCCAGAACGUCGGACGGCAGAACAUUCAGCCUUCGGCCUCUGGCUCGGAGCCUGCGACAGUCACGGACGCCUUUCCCUCGCAACCGCCUUCUGACUCGGCGACUCAGGCUUCUCCACCCCCAGCUAAGCGCGAGACCGGUAUUCCCGUCGUUUUUAUGUAUGGGGACCACGACUGGAUGGAUGCGGCGGGAGGCCUCGCAGCCAAGGCCAAGAUUGAAGAGGAGAAACGGCGGCUGCUCCAGAAUGCUUCACCAGAGGAGCGUGAGGCGGAUAAUGGCUCGGCCAAGGUGGUAAUCAUCAAGGGAUCAGGUCAUCAUAUCUACCUCGAUGGAUGGGAGGAAUUCAACAAAGUGGUAUUGGAGGAAAUGGAAGAGGUGAGCCAAAGGGAAAGGGCUCGGAGUCGGACAUGACGCAAGAGACGCACUGUUUAUCUUGAGCGAUAUACCUUUUCCCCUACAGUAAUGAUUCCCUUGUUUCUAGAUAAACUUUGCAAAUUCUGCGUCAAGAAGAGUUGGACAUACGGAGUGUAUUAUUAGUGUAUAGUUAAUAGAUAUGGUGAAAUGGCCUCAGUCGCUAGAACCCAUGAGUUGCAGAUGCAUAAUCACUCACUGGUCAAUUUUUAAAUCCAAUCGCU